GUUAGAACUCCUCCCGUCUGUUAAAGGUUCCUGUUAGAACUCCUUCUGUCUGUUAAAGGUUCCUGUUAGAACUCCUCCCGUCUGUUAAAGGUUCCUGUUAGAACUCCUCCCGUCUGUUAAAGGUUCCUGUUAGAACUCCUUCUGUCUGUUAAAGGUUCCUGUUAGAACUCCUUCUGUCUGUUAAAGGUUCCUGUUAGAACUCCUCCCGUCUGUUAAAGGUUCCUGUUAGAACUCCUUCUGUCUGUUAAAGGUUCCUGUUAGAACUCCUCCCGUCUGUUAAAGGUUCCUGUUAGAACUCCUCCCGUCUGUUAAAGGUUCCUGUUAGAACUCCUCCCGUCUGUUAAAGGUUCCUGUUAGAACUCCUUCUGUCUGUUAAAGGUUCCUGUUAGAACUCCUCCCGUCUGUUAAAGGUUCCUGUUAGAACUCCUCCCGUCUGUUAAAGGUUCCUGUUAGAACUCCUCCCGUCUGUUAAAGGUUCCUGUUAGAACUCCUCCCGUCUGUUAAAGGUUCCUGUUAGAACUCCUCCCGUCUGUUAAAGGUUCCUGUUAGAACUCCUCCCGUCUGUUAAAGGUUCCUGUUAGAACUCCUCCCGUCUGUUAAAGGUUCCUGUUAGAACUCCUCCCGUCUGUUAAAGGUUCCUGUUAGAACUCCUCCCGUCUGUUAAAGGUUCCUGUUAGAACUCCUCCCGUCUGUUAAAGGUUCCUGUUAGAACUCCUGUCUGUUAGAGGUUCUAUUCCAUGUUCCUCUUUGGUUCCUCUGUCAGUGUUCUGUUGUGAUGAAGAUAAAUAAUCACAUCAUCGGCAUAAAAGUGUGACUUUGAUGAAAUGAAUAGUUUGGUUCUAAAGCUGUUUUCUUCUGUGGUUUAUUUCUGAUCAGUUCUCUGCUGUAUCAAUCAGUGAUCAAUAGGGUUCUAACUGAUCUAUGGGUUCCACAGUGUGAGUCGUCGUAGCGUCGCCCACAGCGCCCCCUGCAGUCAUGUGUGAUGAAGAGGAGAGCACCGCGCUGGUCUGUGAUAACGGAUCUGGGCUCUGUAAGGCCGGGUUCGCCGGAGACGACGCCCCCAGAGCCGUGUUCCCCUCCAUCGUGGGCCGGCCCCGGCACCAGGGCGUGAUGGUGGGCAUGGGGCAGAAGGACAGCUACGUGGGCGACGAGGCUCAGAGCAAGAGAGGAAUCCUGACCCUGAAGUACCCCAUCGAACACGGCAUCAUCACCAACUGGGACGACAUGGAGAAGAUCUGGCAUCACUCGUUCUACAACGAGCUGCGAGUGGCUCCUGAAGAGCAUCCGACUCUACUGACCGAAGCUCCACUCAACCCCAAAGCCAACAGGGAGAAGAUGACGCAGAUCAUGUUUGAGACCUUCAAUGUUCCUGCCAUGUACGUGGCCAUCCAGGCCGUCCUGUCUCUGUACGCGUCUGGAAGAACCACAGGUAUCGUCCUGGACUCAGGUGACGGCGUCACCCACAACGUUCCGAUCUACGAGGGCUACGCUCUGCCCCACGCCAUCAUGAGGCUGGACCUGGCAGGACGCGACCUCACCGACUACCUCAUGAAGAUCCUCACCGAGCGAGGAUACAGCUUCGUCACCACAGCGGAGAGGGAGAUCGUGCGGGACAUCAAGGAGAAGUUGUGCUACGUGGCGCUGGACUUUGAGAAUGAGAUGGGGACGGCGGCCACCUCAUCUUCUCUGGAGAAGAGCUAUGAGUUACCUGAUGGACAGGUGAUCACCAUCGGCAACGAGAGGUUCCGCUGCCCAGAGACGCUGUUCCAGCCAUCCUUCAUCGGUAUGGAGUCGGCAGGUAUCCACGAGACGACCUACAACAGCAUCAUGAAGUGUGACAUCGACAUCAGGAAGGAUCUGUACGCCAACAACGUUCUGUCCGGAGGAACCACCAUGUACCCCGGGAUCGCAGACCGCAUGCAGAAGGAGAUCACCGCUCUGGCUCCCAGCACCAUGAAGAUCAAGAUCAUCGCCCCCCCAGAGAGGAAGUACUCGGUGUGGAUCGGAGGUUCCAUCCUGGCGUCUCUGUCCACCUUCCAGCAGAUGUGGAUCAGUAAGCAAGAGUACGACGAGGCCGGACCGUCCAUCGUCCACCGCAAGUGUUUCUAGAGGUGCUGCUGUAGCCCCGCCCCCCGCCGCCAUUUGUAGCCCCGCCCCCCACGCCAUCUUUAUUUUAACCCCACUGAGCACCAGCCCCGUCUCCAGCCGUCCAGAUCUCCGUCAGGUUUCCUCUCUGCUCAUGUCAAACUGUGAACCUCGCCCCUCCUUAGCCCCGCCCACCCCACCUGUCCCCUCCACCUAUGUCCCCGCCCCCUCCAUCCUCCAUGUUGUGUCUUGUCAGAAAGUUUGUUUUUAUUUUUGAUGACUAAAGCUUGAAUGUUUCCCGCUGGUGUCGCCUCCCGUUGUCGGGGAACUGAGCGUGCUCAUGAAACGUCAUGAUGAUGUCACACGGCAGGUGAACAGGAGGCGUGGCCUCGGUAGAAGGUGAUGUGAUGUAACGUGGAGGUGACAGCCUGAAAGACAAUAAAGAGCUCUCAUACAAGAA